AAUGAAGCAAGUGAUUACCGACUAAAUCGUGGCACGAGUCGAAAUUUGCGGUUAUGGAUGCCGAUUUGCUGCUCGCUAUUCAGCUGCAGGAGCAGUUUGACAGCGAGUACCAGUCGUCGUUGUUUUCACCCAGUGGUUUUGAAAACAAAGAUUCUGGAAACAGCAGCAAGAAACGAAAAAUAGACGGUGGUAACGAUGUUGUUCCCUAUUGGAAGCCGACUGCCCGACCCGAGAGGCCGUUGUCUAUCGUGGAUGAGUCUUGGGAGACACUUGAUCCAAGUCCCGAUGUCAGAGCCAUGUUUCUGGAAUUUAACGACACGUUCUUUUGGGGGAAGCUCUGCGGUGUCGAGGUUAAGUGGAGCCCCCGAAUGACACUGUAAGCCGCGUAUUACCUUGUGGUAACACGUACUGACUGUAUUCACAUAUCUAAAAAUGUA